AAAGAGAGGGAGGGAGAGAGGGAGAGGAAAUGAGAGAGAACAAGAGAGAGGGGAUGGGAAAGAAAGCAAGAAAGACUGCUUUAUAGCUGCUACGACUGCAGUCAGAAAUAGCAUAUGUAAUAACUACUGUGAGCUGUAAGCUAUCUAGAAGCCAAGACCAGAUUUUGUUCACUUUUAUUAAUUAGUUACUAAGAGGGAAAGAAAUGACAGCUGUUUCCAUCUUCUUCUACAUCUUAAUCACUGGGAAAUAUUUUAUUCAUGGAACUGAACAUGACAGCCAGUGCUCCCUUGGGUAUUUCCCUUGUGGAAAUGCUACCAAGUGCUUGCCUCAGCUACUUCACUGUAAUGGGGUGGAUGACUGUGGAAAUCAUGCCGAUGAAGAAAAUUGCGGAGACAACAAUGGAUGGUCCCUGCAGUUUGAUAAAUAUAUUGCAAAUAAUUAUAAAAUUAUUUCCCUGUAUCCUUUUGAAACAGAGCCCUCUGAAUGCUUGGUUGAUUCUGUGCCAGUGAAAUGUCUAUGCCAAGGUCUAGAGCUUGACUGUGAUGAAGCCAACUUACGUGCUGUUCCAUCUGUAUCUUCAAAUGUGACUAUGAUGUCACUACAGUGGAACUUACUAAGAAAACUUCCCAGUGAUGGUUUCAAGAAGUACCAAGAUCUUCAGAAGCUGUACCUGCAAAAUAAUAAAAUUAGAUCUGUAUCCGUGCAUGCUUUCAGGGGACUACAUAACCUUACAAAGCUGUAUCUGAGCCACAACAAGAUAACUGUUUUGAAACCUGGUGUAUUUGAAGAUCUCCACAGAUUAGAAUGGCUAAUAAUUGAAGAUAACCAACUCAGUAGGAUUUCUCCAUUAACAUUUUAUGGACUUAAUUCUCUUAUCCUCCUGGCAUUAAUGAAUAAUUCUCUUGCCCACUUACCUGAUAAGCCACUUUGCCAGCAUAUGCCUAGACUACACUGGCUAGACUUUGAAGGCAACCAUAUCCACAAUUUAAGAAACAUGACUUUCAUUUCCUGCAGUACUUUAACUGUUUUGGUAAUGAGGAAAAAUGAAAUCAACCACUUAAAUGAAAAUAGCUUUGCCCCCCUUCAGAAACUAGAUGAACUGGACUUAGCAAGUAACAAGAUUGAAGCUCUCCCUCCUUACCUGUUUAAAGACCUGAAGGAGCUUUCACAACUGAACCUUUCCUAUAACCCAAUCAAGAAAAUCAAAACAGAUCAAUUUGACUAUCUAGUCAAACUCAAGUCGCUAAGCCUAGAAGGAAUUGAAAUUUCAAAUAUUCAAAGAAGAAUGUUUGCACCUCUUAGGAAUCUAUCCCACAUAUAUUUUAAAAAAUUCCAGUACUGUGGCUAUGCUCCACAUGUACGCAGCUGCAAGCCAAAUACUGAUGGAAUUUCAUCCUUAGAGAAUCUCUUGGCAAGCAUCAUUCAGAGAGUGUUUGUCUGGGUUGUAUCUGCAGUUACAUGCUUUGGAAAUAUCUUCGUCAUCUGCAUGAGGCCCUAUAUCAGGUCUGAGAACAAGCUUCAUGCUAUGUCAAUCAUCUCUCUCUGCUGUGCUGACUGCUUGAUGGGAAUAUAUUUAUUUGUGAUUGGAGUCUUUGACCUGAAGUAUCGUGGAGAAUACAAUAAACAUGCACAGUUAUGGAUGGAUAGUACCCACUGCCAGCUAGUAGGAUCUUUGGCCAUACUCUCCACAGAAGUAUCAGUUUUACUUCUAACUUUUCUGACUUUGGAAAAAUAUAUCUGCAUCGUCUACCCUUUUAGAUGUUUGAAACCUGGAAAAUGCAGGACAAUUACAAUCUUGAUUCUUAUAUGGAUUAUUGGGUUUAUAGUGGCUUUUAUUCCAUUGAGCAACAAGGAAUUUUUCAAAAACUAUUAUGGAACCAAUGGAGUCUGUUUCCCCCUUCAUUCAGAACAGGGAGAAAGUACAGGAGCACAGAUUUAUUCAGUAAUUAUUUUUCUUGGUGUUAAUUUGGCAGCCUUUAUCAUCAUCGUUUUUUCCUAUGGGAGCAUGUUUUACAGUGUUCACCAAACUGCUAUUACUGCAACAGAAAUCCGGAAUCAUGUUAAAAAGGAAGUGACCCUUGCCAAACGUUUUUUCUUCAUUGUGUUUACGGAUGCCUUGUGCUGGAUACCCAUUUUUAUAUUGAAAUUCCUUUCUCUGCUUCAGGUAGAAAUACCAGGUACUAUAACUUCUUGGGUGGUGAUUUUCAUUCUUCCUAUCAAUAGUGCUUUGAAUCCCAUUCUUUAUACUCUCACUACAAGACCAUUCAAAGAAAUGAUUCGUCAGGUUUGGUAUAACUACAAGCAAAGAAGAUCCAUCGAAAGCAAGGGCAGUCAAAAAACCUAUACUCCAUCAUUCAUCUGGGUAGAAAUGUGGCCAGUUCAGGAGAUCCCACCUGAGCUAAUAAAGCCUGCUCUUUUUACAGACUCUUGUGAAAUGUCACUAAUAACUCAAUCAACAAGAACCAAUUCGUAUACAUAACUAUAUUCUAACAUUAGAAAAUCCACAAUAAAUACCACCAUGUGCUUCAAAGUGGACUUACUAUUACUAAAACAAAGUUAUAAAAUAUCCAGUGUAUACUAGACCCAGAGGAAGAUUUAGAAAAGAACAAGAAGAAGGCCUCUCCAAAGUGGAUCUCUUUGGUGGAAGAUUUAUAGUAGUAGCCGCCACAUAUGAAAGGAUGCAUAUGAAUUGUGGCUUGCAACACACCAAGUAUCCAUACCAGUGAGCUUAUAGAUCCAUAGAAGUAUACUAGAGGAGGAGAAAAAUCAAUUAGCUAACAAGGACAUCUGAUUGUAACAUCUCUGGAAAACUAAAAGAGGUUCAAUUCCACAUAGAAAGAAGUAAAUUAUAGAGAAAAAUGAACUGAAAAAUAGUUAAUAUAUUGCAUGAGAAAUUGAAAAAAAAAACUUCACAGAGGAUUGUUUGGAUCUAUUUUCAAUCUGUAAUGUAUAAUUAUGCAUGUGCAACAAAGAAAAUGUCUGCUAAAUAACUGGAUUCCCAGUAAUAGGCUGGGACUUUGUUGACUUUGUCGUUCGGUAAAUACAAGAAUGACGUGCACUUUUUUCCUUAAAUUUCUUAUAAAUAUAUGGGGAGCACUGGGUUUCAAAGAAUCAGAAAAAAAUAGCAAAGGGAAGCACAGCAG